ACGAGAUCUCUCUCCGGCGAGCACCGCGCGCAAGGGCUGACGACUCUCUCUCCGGCGACCGGAGCUAGCGGCUACAACGUCCACCACCUGUAGCAUCGGGCUUAGCUAGCGGCGACGGCGAUCAUGGAGGAGCAGCAGGCGGCGGCUGCGGGCGGCGGAGGCGGCGGCGGCGGCGCGUCGAUGUGCGCGAACGGGUGCGGCUUCUUCGGCAGCGAGGCGACCAAGAAGCUCUGCUCCAAGUGCUACCGCGACCAGCUCAAGGCGGCGCCGUCGUCGCCGCCGGCGGCGCCUGACCUCGUCGCGAACGAGGAGGAGGAGGCGAGCACGGCCGCCGCCGCCGCCGCCGACGAGCAGCUGGCGCUGUGCUCGAGCGGCUGCGGGUUCUUCGGCAGCAAGGAGACCAACAACAUGUGCUCCAAGUGCUACCGCGACCACCUCAAGGCGACGUCGCCGUUGUUCUCGUCGUCGUCGUCGCCGGCCACCGCAUCCACUACCGACAUCACCGUCCCCAUUGCUCCGGCCACCACGGCGCCGACGCCGUCGCUCAAGGGGAAGGAGGAGGAGGCGACCGCCGCCGCGUCAUCGUCGGCGGCGGCGGCGGCGAAGCCUAACAGGUGCGUGGCGUGCCGGAAGAAGGUGGGGCUGCUGGGCUUCGAGUGCCGAUGCGGCGGCACGUUCUGCUCGACGCACCGCCACGCCGACAAGCACGCCUGCACCUUCGACUUCAAGAAGAGCGACCGGGAGAAGAUCGCCAAGGAGAACCCGCUGAUCGUAGCGCCCAAGAUCACCAAGUUCUGAAAAAGAAGCACCCCAAAUUCAUCGAUCUUAGUUAUAGACCAUAUGCAUGCAAAUUUUUCUUCUAGGUUUCUACUAUUCUAGUUUAGUUCAGUCAGGCUGUGGCUCAAGGCUUGAUGAUUUUUUUUUGUUCUUAGUUUCUACUUCAGUCAUCUAUAUGACUCUGUUGGUUGCU